AUGCAUCACAGUUCAUCGACCACCACCCCGUUCUCUGUUAAGGACAUUUUGAAGUUGGACUACCACCAGAACGAGUAUGAAAAUGAUCUUCAGAUGAUGGACCAAGUUGUUCCGAUGCAUCAACAUCAGCUUAUGCGCGCUGCCUCCAAAAGCGACGGGUUUUAUGACGCUCAGACUGAGCGCUGCGUUUAUGGGAUGCAGGAGAAGAUCGACGUUCACAGAUCAGCAGCAGAGGAGGAGAUGGUUGAAAAAGAAAAGUGCGGCCUCGGCUCUUCACCCGACUGUGACAGUGGCGCUAAGAGCAGAAGCAGGCUGCGCCGGAAGCCCCGGGUCCUCUUCUCUCAGCCCCAGGUGUCGGAGCUGGAGAGGCGCUUCAGGCAGCAGCGCUACCUGUCCGCCCCGGAGAGAGAGCACCUGGCCGAGACGCUCAAACUCACCUCCACCCAGGUCAAAAUCUGGUUUCAGAACCGGCGGUACAAGUGCAAGCGUCAGACGCAGGACAGGUCCCUUGAGCUGGCCGGGUUCCCACCUGCACCGAGGCGGAUAGCGGUGCCGGUGCUGGUGCGGGACGGGAAGCUGUGCGGUGCAGGUCCCUACCUUUCGGGGCCUUACAACGUAACUCUGGGACACUACAGCCCGGCGUUUGGCAGCGGAAACAGCGACCUGUACGGCUGCAGGUACCACAGCGUGUCCAGCUGCAGCAGCCAGCUGUCGGUUUCAGCUGACUCUGCUCCACCAGCUUCAGGCUUCUUUACAGGGUGUUAG